GGCUUGCUUGCCGCACUGGCCUGAACGGUAAUUGUGGUUUGUGAUGAUGCAAUAACAUUUCUGUUUUUCCAAAGCAGCACUUGAUACCAUAUUCGUGGGUUAAUUUUGUGGCUUGUUUGAAUACUUCCCAUAUUAUAAAUUAUUAUCUUGACAUAGUUCCAUCAAAUAUGUUAAUCAUCAACUAAUCAAUAGCUCAUUAUUUUUCUAAUAUGAACACCGUUUUAAGUUUUGGAGAAAUUAUGGGAUGUCCAGGGCGAAAAAGCACAAAAUUUCCUGGUUUUUCAUUGGUUUACUUUAAGCUCGAGUUUGCGAAUUUUAUAAGCAGUAACCGAAAAAGCUCUUUAACUAAUUGACCACAUGCGCUUUUUCAAAACUUACAUGAUUGAGAUGAUUGCUUGUGUAGAAUGGACCAUCAGUCAGGUUUGAAAGCCACGAAAGGUUACGGUGAAGAAGAAAAAAAAUUAAAACUCAUCAAAAUUCAUAGCGCAAUUAAUAGAGAAAAAAAAAACUUCAAAAGACUUAAUGAUCUAACUCUUGUUACCAUGACAAUAAUUUAGUCUUUACCAUCGCAAUAAUUUGACCGUUACCAUGACAACUAAUCAUUACAGAUGAUGAGAAAAAAAUUGAAAUAGAAGCAUUAAACUAUAAUAAAAUCUAAUAAAAAAUUAGCUUUGGACCAUAGUAAAUGUCAUUGAGAGAAGACUGACGAACAAAGGUGCGAUAAAGCUGAAUAGACGCAAUCAUUGGAGGAACCUAAUACAUGGUCCGUGCUAUAUAAACCUGAUUGUCGGUUCACACGUGCCGAAUUCAAUCCUCACAAUAAUGAGGUAAUAAUGAGUACAAACAAAAAAUAACAGUAAUUUGUAUUGAAUUCGGCACAUUUGAGACUUUAGAAUAAUGAUUGAUCCGUAAAGUCUAAUAUAAAUUUCAAUUUAAAUCAUGGCUUUUACUUUUACUUGAAAAACCUCGCACCACAUCCGGGCUUUUUCUAAGUUUUCAGGCAGGUUGCUUAAAAGAUUCACUAGGAUUUGUGGCUAUCUGUAAAUCAGUUCAAGGACGAUUUCAAUGAGAUAUGUGACUUUUGCGCAAUAAGAAUGUCUUUAUGAAAUGAUCUGAAAUCCACAGUUUCGUUAUAUAAGCAAUAACAAAAAUAAAUUUAGCUAUGUUCCAAACUUAAAUUGAAUUGUGCCGAAUCGUAUAAUUUUUAACUCAAAGCAUAUUAUGCUUUGUUAAAUCACAUCAUGUAAGCCAAAACAAAAGACAAAAGAUUGUAUAGUAUCCUGUGAAUCGAAAGUACUUCCCAGAGGGGCAUUGAUGGACAUCAGCAACGAAAGCUCUUCUGCUGCAAAUGGUUUGGUGUAUAGCGAUUUACUGAUAAAUAUAGACACCAAUAAAUCGUAUUAUGGCAGUUUUACGUUGGUCUGUCGGCUUUAUAAAGUCAAACAUUAGAUCUGUUCCGAAUAUGAUCGAUUGUCAUCCAUCGUUUGGUCGUGGGCCUUCUAAUUAGAUAUAUAUCCUUAUAUAACAAUAACAUCAAUAAUCGAUCGAAAGAUUUAGUGAAGAAUCGGAACCGUUUCAAUGCGGGCUGCAGGAGAAGAAAAGAAAACAAAUUUCCUGACAUCGCAAUAGGACAGCUUAAGGAGCCAAUAAAUAAGCUGUAGAAGCUGUUUUACUACCGAUACCACGCCCUUUUUGGGUAGAAUUCCAAGGAAACCGUAGCUGUUACGUCAUUUACUUGUGGUCAUCACGUGUCCAUCACGUGUCCGACACGUGAGUUGGCACGACAAUGAUGAAUGUCACGGGWUCAACAGGAACUCCUCGGACAAGAAGACUGAACACCGGUGAUAUUGUACUCGUGUCGUACCUAUGUUUUAUCAUCAUUACAGCCUUAUUUGGAAAUGCAUUGUUGGGUUUUGUUAUCGUCAAAAAACGCUUAAUUCAAAAUGUUCACUACUACUUUAUCCUGAAUCUUCUUGUAGCAAACUUUCUCAACGCACUUUUAAAGAUCCCCACCUCGAUUCUAUCACGAAUCGACAAAGACUGGUAUCCACAUUAUGGGGUCUGCUAYUUUACCACUCCCCUCGGUGUCCUUUUUGGAUCAGCGUCUGUAGGGACCCUCGCAACGGUUGCUAUCAACAGAUACCUCGUGAUUGCAUCACCGUUUAGUUAUUCUGAUAAAAUGCCGCCAGCUUUCGCAAAGACGAUUUUGGCGGGAAUUUGGAUUGGUGCGCUGGCAUUGGCCAUCCCUCCGACCACAUGGCGAAACAAAACCUCUAUUUGUAGCAGUGGAGCCGUUUCAGAGGAACACAAAAUCUCUGAAGUUUUGUACUUUGUAUUUGCAUUAUGGAUGUUUGUGAUUAUCAUUCCAACAGUCAUAAUGUGCGUCACGUAUUUUAAAAUAUAUCUUAUUGCUCGAAAUCAUGCUCAACGGAUGGCAGCACAGCACACAACUGCAUUGACGCGAAGUGACCAUCACUCAAAAAGAAGAGACUUUAAAGCAGCUCUUGUAUUGGCGGUAAUUGGAGGCAUUUUUGUGAUUUGCUGGCUACCAUUCUUUGUAGUGCAGGCAAUACACAAGUUCAGUAGCCAUAGGAUCAACCCCAUGUACUUUAAUGUGUUUCUAUGCAUCAUGUACACUAACGCUGCUAUCGAUCCUAUUGUACUCUUAUUGUUUAACUCAGAGAUGAGAAUGGCAUUUAUCAGACUCUUUUUUAAGAAACUCCGUUUAAAAGAUCGYAUUGGCCCGCAAAGUGGUACGACGUGGGGACAUGCAUCAGCCAUGCCUACAUAAUAUAAUGGCCUGACUACUACAUAAUGUAAUGCCUAGGCCUGGGUUUAUAUGUCUAUGUCUAUGUCUAUGUCAAAGAAAAAAAAUAUCCUUUAAUAUAUAUAUAUAUGUAUAACCACUUAAUUGUGAAAGAAAAUAUGACUUACAUAUAUUAGCGCUGAAACAUGUAAUACAUGUACACGCUGAAAUGAGUAAAUUGUGUCGGUCUCUGUUGUGAGACACGUUUCUUUCACGACCUAUUCACAGUGUCUUGAUACUUGCAAAGGUAAACAUAGUCGAGAAACCUACAGCCAGGAGCCCAUUACUAAGAGCGUCCAUGAUAUGAAUUGGGUUUAGUCACAGUUUUCAUAUAGAGGUGUAUUAUAAUAUUUUUUUUCGAACCCGAGGGGAAACCAUCGUCUAAAGAAACAUGGUGAACGAUAGAUGAAGUGAAUUGUCUUCUAGUCUCUAUUGAUGGGCUCCUGCUUCAUUCACCUCCUGCAAAGUGUUGUAGAGCUUCUCUUGGACUCUCAGCAAUCGAGCCAAAUCGGUGCACAAGAACGUUUCAUGCAGCGUGUGACAAUGUCUUGUUAUAGAAUAUAAAUUUAGAAAGGUAUGAGUCAUAUCCGUGAGAACAACCGUAUUUACACCUACCAAUCAAACUUUGAGGAAAAUGCCAAUGUGAAGAGAUACCAUUUCUCAAUUUCUAAAAGUCAAAUUAGCGUGAUGGGAAAUGUAGUUCUGUAGAAUGAUCGGUCAAAUACUCCAUUUCUAUAAAGAUAGCACAAAAGCGGAAUUUUGGCACUAUUGGCAACUGGCCAUAAGACGUACAAGGAGACUUUCCCAUUACUUAAUUGUUCUAAAAAUUUGCGUCAAUGCCAAAUUGGCUUUGCAAUGCAAGUGAAACUUAGCCAGUUCACCUGGCAAAUGCAGACAAAGUUUUUGGGCUGUAUUUUACCUCGUUAGCGUGAGACAUCUCGAUCAUCUAGUGAUCUUACGAUCUGCCUACUAGAUCUGCUACUGCCGUGGGACCAGCUCCUUAGAGACACCGCGAGCUUAACAAGGUUCAAUAUAGGCCAAUUAGUUGCUAUUUUAUUUGAGCUUUGUACACACCUUGAACAAACUUGUCACACUUGAACUUGUCAAACAACACUCCCCCUUCUUUACUUGGUGAAUGUGGUGAGCGACACAACAAAGCAUGAUGGGAAAUCUAUAGUCGGUKCAAAUGUAUAGUCUCGUUCCCAGGUCUCUCCACUGCUAACGAGCCUCAAAACGGCUUCUAGAGGAGACACUAGUGCAAAUGAGCAGUGCUAGAGUAGAGCGCGGUAAGCUUUUAAGGUAAAGAACUAGCGUAAAAGUUAUUCUUAAUUAUUAUAUUAUAUAACAUUUUUGCGAUAUACAGAGUAAACAAGGAAAGUGCAUUCAGCUAAGCGAAACUUUGGUGAUUUCGGCUUCCUAAAUAAAACAUAAUUUAAUGAUUGUUUUAAUCAUUUAUAUGCUUAAAAUAACUCACUUGUGUUGAAAUAAAACUGUAAAUA